AUGAGUGAAGACGAAAGUGAAUUGGAUGAUUUACUUAUUUCUGAAAUUUUUGAAGAUUAUUCUCCACUGAAAUAUGAACUAUAUCAAGAUGAAAAAGAGGAAGUAACGAUCGAUGAUCAAUUUGCAUGGAUUUUAUUAUGGAUAAUGAACUUUCGAAUUAGAUUUAACGUACCUGAGACUGCAAUAGUUUCUCUAAUAAAAUUUAUAAAAUUAGUUCUAACUGAAAUUGGUAGUGAUAAGUUUAACAGAUUUCCAA